CCGUGUGCCCAGCGGCUGUGAGGGAGGCGGUCGACGUGGAAGCAGCAACUUCGCGGCCAACUUCCGGGUUAACGGCGGCGGCCGCGGCGGCGGAGGAGGUCGGCGCGGUUUCUGUGAGAGGGAAGCGACGAGGGAAAGCGCCUCAGCCAUGGGUGGGUUUUUUUCAACCAUCUUUUCCAGUUUAUUUGGUACACGGGAGAUGAGAAUUCUAAUUUUGGGAUUAGAUGGAGCAGGAAAGACAACAAUUCUCUACAGGUUGCAAGUUGGAGAAGUUGUGACUACCAUUCCUACAAUUGGUUUCAAUGUUGAGACAGUAACCUACAAGAAUCUGAAGUUCCAAGUCUGGGACUUAGGAGGACAGACAAGCAUCAGGCCGUAUUGGAGAUGUUACUAUUCCAAUACAGAUGCAGUCAUUUAUGUAGUUGACAGCUGUGACAGGGACAGAAUUGGAAUUUCAAAGUCUGAGCUUGUUGCCAUGUUGGAGGAGGAAGAACUAAAGAAAGCCAUUUUAGUGGUAUUUGCAAACAAACAAGAUAUGGAACAGGCUAUGACUCCAACAGAAAUGGCAAAUGCACUUGGACUUCCAGCUUUGAAGGAUAGAAAAUGGCAGAUAUUCAAGACAUCUGCAACCAAAGGCACUGGACUUGAUGAGGCAAUGGAGUGGUUGGUGGAGACUUUGAAGAGCAGACAGUGAAAUAGACUUGGAAGUUUCCUUCAGCUGUCAUGAAUGAAAUGCAAUUCUGUAAAUAGGACUGGCCGAAUAACUUUUGAAAGGAAUGAGGCUUCUUUGCAUUGUAAAUCACACUGAAUCAACUGAAUGUUUGUCUGUAUACUAUGUUUAAAAUACUCCAUUCUUUUUUCUUGUGUAAGUUAUGUAACAUCAAUUUUUAUGACAGUCAUACAACUGAUAGUCCAUGAGAAUAAAUUGGAAUAAACAUUUGCUACUUGGAA